AUGUCAAGACUUCCAAGUGCAAGGGGAGGGAUUCCAGCACCUCCCCAGCAAAAACGACUCUCUCGACAACCAUCACUCGAUUUGAGAAGAAGACGACACCACCCUGACGACGCUGCACCUCCAGUUCCUUCCCUAAAGACUUCAAAGUCUACUCGUGCUCCUUCAAUGUCGCGUGCUUCCAUCUCGUCUUAUGAAGAAAUUGAAUCACCUAGUUCACUUUCUCGCUACUCGCUCUCUUCCAUUGGUUCAACUCAAACCGCCAUCACUUCACCUCGCUCAUCGGUUGCCUCUCCAAGACCCACUUCGGUUAGGAAAUCAGUCGCUUCCGUCAAUGGUGGUGGCAAACAUCAUCCAACCAGCAACAACAACAACAACAGCAUGGGUGGUUUGGGUGUUGGAGAGCGUGUUGCUGUGGAUUCAAUGGGGAUUGUUGGCACACUUCGCUUUAUUGGCACGACACAAUUCAAGGAAGGCAUGUGGGCUGGUAUCCAACUUGAUAUUGUGGGCACUGGCAAGAAUGAUGGAUCUGUCAAUGGCAUCCGAUACUUUUCAUGUCCUCCACAAACGGGUUUAUUUGUGCAAGCAUCCAAAGUCACUUCAUUGAAUGGUGGUGAACGUUCACCCUCUCCUCGUAUCUCACCUGGAUCACGCGCUGCUCGUUAUGUCGGCAUGACAGCUUCACAAUUGACUCAACAACAACAACAGCAGCAACAACAACAGCAACGUCCACCAUCGGUUCAAACAAAACGCUCUUCCACCAUGUCAGCUCGUAGCAGUAGCAGUGGCAAUGGAUUAAGACGCCCUGGAUCCAUUCAAUCACCCACACCCACUCCUACACGUCGUCGUCCUACUGCUGAUAGUCUUCCUUCACCAGCCGCUACACCCAACAAUGAAGAUGAAGAUGAUGAAGAGGGCUAUGUUGGUAGCAGCAGCACUGAAAUGAUGCUUACUGAUACACCAGCACCAACAGCAUUGACCAUGUCCAAAUCAACCGAUUCACAUACACGACUUGAACGCAUGUUGGGUGAAGCUAUUUCACAAGCACCUGAUCAAGCUGCUAUGCGUGUACAACAAUUGCAAUUGCGUGUAGAGGUGCUUGAAGCUGAAAACAAGUAUCUCAAAUUGGAGAAUGCACAAAACAAGACCGCCGAACAAAUCUUGGAGCGUUCAGUGCUUUUGAAUGGCAGCGAUUCAGAUCAACAGCAACAACAACAACAUUUUACGCUUGAAGGACACAAGGCGAUUGUGGAAGAAAUCAAGCAAGAGCAUGAACAAGCUGCCAAGGCUUGGGAUCAAGAAAAGGGGCAAAUCCAAUCGACGAUCCGCAAGCUUGAAGAGCGUGUCAAGGAACUUGAGACUGAGCAAAGCGAGCUUAUCAAGGAACGUGAUACGAUGCAGACACAGCUUUCUGAAGCACGCAAAGAAAAAGUGCAAAUGGAGAACAAAGUGCGUGAGCUUGAAGAAAAGGUGACUUUGGCUGAAGCAGCAGCCGCCUCCAAAGCAGCAGCAGCCGCAUCGACGACAUCCAACUUUUAUUCUCAGGAUCCAGAAGAGAUGAGACAACGUCAAAUGCAAAUGGAGAUGGAGAUGGAAGAAGUGCAUGAAAAGAUGGGUUCUUUGAUGGAUGCCAUGCGUGCCAAGGAUAUGUUUUUGGGAAGUUUAUCGGAGCAGGUCGAGACCCAUCGCAACAUGGUCGAAGAACGUGAGCGUGAAAUUCGCCGUGUCAAAGCUGAUGCCGAUCGUCACACACGUGAAAAAGAUCGCCUUCGUGAUGAAAUCAAGGAACUCGAGACCAAAUGGAUGCAGCAUCAGGAUUGUGCCACCAAGGAAGAAUUCGACAAGGUCAAACGCCAACUCACGCAAGCCAAAGAGAACCUUGCUCAUGAAUCCAAUCUUGUCGCUGAUUAUCGUGCUCGCAUUGAAAGUCUCGAACAAUCCGUGGAUGAGCUCAAGCGUGCUGGUAUGGAGAGUAUCGAGUUGUACGAAAGCUCAGUCGAAUUGCAUCGUGUUGAUAUGGAAGCCAUCAAAGCAAGUCUCGAUGAUGAACGCCGCAAAGUCAUUGCUCUCGAGGAAGAACGUGAAAGUUUGCGUAAAGCAGGCCUUGAAGCCAUCGAGACUUAUGAAGCAACCAUUGAAGAGCUCAAAAAGGAACGUUCAGAGACAAGUGAAAAGAGUGGCCGCACACAACAAGAAAUGCAAGCUACCAUCGACAAGCUCAAACAAGAGAUUGAACAAUUGGUCAAUGCACGUGAUACAUCGGAUGAAGUGGACAAGAUCAAGGCUGUUUGGGAAAGCGAACGCAAGCGUUUGGAAGACAACCUUGAAGCCACAUCCCAAAACUUGGCCAAGGAACGUGAAAUGUAUCAAUCUCUCAAGGCUGAAUCGGAUAAGCUUCGUGAGCAAAUCAAGCAAGCCGAUAAGCAUGACAAGGACAAUGACAAGUUGCAAGAACAAGUACAGCGUUUGCAAGCCAAUUAUGAUGAACAGCUCAAUGCUCGUGGCAAAUACCUUGAUGAUGUUCGUGCCGCUGUUGAAAGCCAAAAGAAGACCGAAGGUGAAUUACGUCGUCUUACUGAAGCCAAGGAAAAGACCGAGCGUGAUUUGACUACUGCUCAAGAAAGUUUGGCACGCGCUGAAUCUGCUCUUGCUGAUGCUCGCAAACAUGGUGCUGAUCCUGAUGCUCUUAUCAAGGAACGUGAGCAACAUGCAAAAGAGCUCGCUGUUUUACGUCAAGAAAUCAAGCGUCUUGAGGCUCAAAACACCAUGAUCACCAAACAAAAGGAAAGCAUUGAGCUCGAAGCCAAGUCCAAGUCCGAUAAUGGUUUGAAGCAGCAAUUUGAAAAGUUGCAAGCUGAGCACCAGCGUCUUUCCAAAGAAUACGAGUCCUUGACGGAGAGCCACAAGCAAGCCCAAAAUGAAUGUCUCAAAUUGAUGGAUGAGGUGGAAAAGUUGCAUUCGGAAGGUGAUGGAUCAGAGACAAGUUUGGAAGGUUGCAAUACCGAUGAAGAGCGUGUGGCCCGUUUGCAAAGCCAAUUGAGUGAUACCAAGCGAAAAAUGGAGAGCUUGAUCGUGAAGCAGUCUGCUGAGAUGCGUCAACUCAAGGAAAAGCAUGAGGAGGCUGAACGUGCGCAUCAACGUCAAGUGACCACUUUGAAUCGUGAUGUAUCUGAACUUGAGAGCCUUGUGGAAUCCAAGAUAUUCAAGGAGUCUGAUAUGGAGGAAGCGCUUGAAAAGGAAAGAAAACAAUCCAAGCGAUUGCGUGAGGAAUUGAAUGAGUUAAAACAGCAACUCAAGGAACAACAACGAGAUGAGCGAAUGUCUUCCAAGAACAGCAGUACGGCUACAAGCAGUAAUGGUGGUGGCCCCUACACGGAUGAUGCUCUCUUUUGCGAACUAUGUGAUUCCCCUGGUCAUGAUCUUAUGAGUUGCAAGGUGGUGGUCCCUUCAUCCACUGAAAAGAAAGAACAACCUGCACGACCGUUCUGCGUCAAUUGCGAUGAAUACGGCUUACAUUCAACCGAACAAUGCCCCAAUCAAAACGAGACCUUUUAA